AUGCAUGAUCCUCCACCACCAGUGCUUCCUCCCAAGCCGGGCAGCCACGACACAAGUCGUAUUGGCACGCCGAAUAUGCUCAACUCGCCUCGGCAUGGCACCGGACCGGAAGCGGAGGGUGCAGGUGGGAGCCGUUUGAGCCAGGUCUCUCAGCCAGCCGGGCUCGAAAUCGCCCGGCCUGAGCCUGUGCCUGACCCCGGUGAACAGUGGCUUCCCAAGGUGUUGCAAGACAAGGCAAAACAUGAUCUCGCUGAUAUAGCGACCAACGUGGACCUCCUCAACGCCCUGACACAUGCACCAAGCACAAUCCAUCCGUCUCUCUCGUCAUCUCACCAGGCCCUUCAAGCGGCCCUCGACGAGAAUCUCGAGCUUGCGUCACGGCUAGUCGAGCUCGAGGCUCGUCUGGCCCACCAGCGGUCCACGACGCAAGCGCAGCUUCUUUCAACGCAUGCGCUCGAGCGCCAAUGGCGGCAGAAGCAAUCCGACAUGGACCACGCUUUGGCACCCUUCUCGCCAGCUGCUAUGUAUCAACGCCUGGGGCAAGGUGUUCAUGAACAGGCCUCGGUGUGCCAUGUCCUAGAGGAGAGUUUUAUCGAUGGGGAGGGGGAUGGCGCGUAUGCGUCAGAGAGAGAGACGUUGGACUGGAUCAAGAGAUAUCGAGACGCCAAGGUGCUUUACUAUCUUCGGCAGGAGAGGAAGGAGCGUUGGGACGAAGGUCGCGUUGGUGGCUGGAGAUAA